CCCCAGCUCUCUUUCACUUUGCUUCAGCUGACUCAGGGCCAGAGGUGGGAGCAAGACUUGAAGACACACACACACACACACACACACAGCCACAGCCAGCGGGCCUCCUGGGGAGGAGAAGGAAUUCCCAACUGUAGGCUUGGGCUGCCCGCUUUUUGGAGGGUCCCCCCUCAGGGCUGUUUGUCCCAUGGGCAUGUGUCCCCAGGCGGGACUCCCGGGCCCAGUGGGCUCCACAGCGGGCACAUGGAUAGGCCGCCCACACCUGGAACACACCGGCCACCACCCCUGCCAUGUCGAUGCCACAGCCAUGGACACACCCCUCCCCAGACACAGUCACUCACCUUGUCCUUUGCUGGCUCUGGAGCAGAUCGGGCAGCGGCCCCGGUGGGCCCAGCCUGAGCCAGUUAUGCAGCCGUUGCCUGCCGGGCCCUUCCCGGAGGAGGUGGCAGAGGAGGCCCCUGCCCAGCCAGAGAGCGAGCCCAAGGUGCUAGACCCCGAGGAAGACCUGCUGUGCAUAGCCAAGACCUUCUCCUACCUGCGGGAGUCGGGCUGGUACUGGGGCUCCAUCACGGCCAGCGAGGCCCGGCAACACCUGCAGAAGAUGCCCGAGGGCACGUUCCUCGUCCGGGACAGCACCCACCCCAGCUACCUGUUCACACUGUCCGUCAAAACCACCCGCGGCCCCACCAACGUGCGCAUUGAGUACGCCGACUCCAGCUUCCGCCUGGACUCCAACUGCCUGUCCAGGCCGCGCAUCCUGGCCUUCCCGGACGUGGUCAGCCUCGUGCAGCACUACGUCGCCUCCUGUGCCACCGACACGCGAAGCGACAGCCCGGACCCGGCUCCCACCCCGGCCCCGCCGGUCCCCAAGGAAGCGGGGGACCCCGCGCUGCCCGCCCCCGCGGCCACGGCUGUGCACCUGAAGCUGGUGCAGCCCUUCGUGCACCGGGGCCGCGCACCCAGCCUGCAGCACCUGUGCCGCCUGGCCAUCCACCGCCUGGUGGCCGACGUGGACUGCCUGCCGCUGCCCCGGCGCAUGGCCGACUACCUCCGCCAGUACCCCUUCCAGCUCUGAUCCGCCCGGCCGCCCUCGCCUCACCCCGACCUCCGGAGGGGACAGCGGCCCCGCUGGACUCAGGCCCUCGCUGUCCCUCCUCUGGUCAUCCCGGUGCCCAUGUGCUUCUGGCAGCUGGACCUGGGAGAGCCCGCAGGAGCCAGGCUGGGGGGCGAGGAGCAGGGGGGAGUGUCACACAACUUGGAGGUCGCGCCCCAGCUCCCAUGUGGCGCCUGGUGGCAAGCCACGUGUCGGAAGAGCGGGCCGGGUCCCCUCACCUGCUGCGCAGCCCCCUGAACUCCCCAGACUUUGCCUUAGACUUUGCAGGGCUCUCGGUUCGCCGGGUGGGGCGGGCCCUCCUUCCAGCCCGACUUUCUCAGGGAGGAUGGCGGCCAGAGGAACGGAGGUGGACAGUGACGUUCCUGGUGGGGAGCAGGCCAGGCUGGACCCGCGCGGUUACACGUAUUUAUUUAUUUAUUCUCCUCGGGCUGGCCUCAGGGUGGGCCAGCCCCGCCUCUCUGCCCUGAGCCCCGAGAGCUCCGAGACCCCAGCUCCGCCCAGCUUCUCUGCUCCUCCCUGCGGAGGGCCUAUCCUGAGACCCCAGGCGCCGACGCCCCGUCUGUGGAUGUGUCCGCCCGUCUCCCCAGCCCUGUACGCAAGGUGGGCGAAUGGACAAGCACAUGGAACCGAAGCUUCAGCGCCCAGCGGAGCCUGACAGCCCCCCCUCCCCCCCAGGGCAGAGCCCUGUGUCCUCAGAGCUGGUCUCCUGGCUGCCGCUCCGCCGGCCUUGCUUCCUCCCCGGAAGGGGCCCGCCUGCCCCCUGAGAGAGAAAGAGAUGCGCAUCUGAUAAGACUUUAUAAAAUAAUUAUUAUGACAAAAACAAAAAACACACAGUUUGGUAGUCCUUUCUCUUCCACUGAUUUUUCUAUAAUGGCAAUAAAAUUGUUCCUUUCGUU